AUGCCUGGCAGCUUCGGAGGCCAGCAACCGCCCCAGCAACAAUCAGGCCGAUCAUCAUCAAACCGGUUACCGAACGGGAAGAUAGCCGCUGACGGUGCAUGGAGGACAGCAAAUAAUAGUUCCGGCUGGGCUUUCGGAGGUGGCAUCCCCAUGGGAGGUGCUGGAUUUCAGAGCCAGGCGCGACAGAUGGGUGGCAACGUCAGCUUUGCUCAGAGCUUAGGCGGGUCACAAGCUGCGACUUCCCUGGAUCCCUCGGAGUUCCCCUCGUUAUCAAACAGUUCGCAACAGAACACGGCGAACCAAGCGUCGAUGUGGUCGGUGGCCGGAUCCCGAAAUCCCAGCGGGGCUGUUCAGCGCAACCAGGGGACCUCGGUUUCCUCCCAACAAACGGAACAAGAUGAUUUAUUCAACCCUGGGGCAUCACGGAUGCCAUCCAACCAAGGAUUCGACUCGGUGCCCGCUCAGGCCCACAGAGGCAAUGGCCUUCUGAACGCACUCUCUGCAAACAGCCGAGCGAACGAAGCGCGGUCACCACCCGCAGUGGGGGCAUCUGAUCCUUCGCGGACGCAGGAUACCAAGCAGAAAUCUGCGCUGCUUCGAGACGGUGGCUUCAGCAACAAGACGUCUGCGGCAGGCGAAUCGACGACCCAACCAGCCGGUGGCGAGUUGCCCUUGGGUGUUGCGGGACACGAUGGCUCGGGCGAAUCGUUGAAGUUGCGCAAGACGCGCCAAUCACCGGACGCCGUCGACCCUCUUGCGGGCAUGGCGUCGGUGGACAAAUGGGGGAUAAAGGGCCUGCGGACACUGAUGAACAACUACCCCGACUUCCACGCAAUGGUGGUGGGAAUGGACCCAAACACACUCGGGCUCGACAUGACAUCCCAAGAACUCAUCUCCCCUCAGAUCUACUCCCUCUUCGACGACCAACCCCCCAGGCCGACAGUGACGUCCAGUAGGAUUCGGUUACCGGACUGUUACUGCGUCACCAACGUCCAGUCGAUCAACUCCAAAAUCCAAAGUUUCAACGAAGAGACUCUCUUCUGGAUAUUUUACAGCUGCCCAGCCGACACGAAGCAGCAACUGGCAGCAGUAGAAUUGCAUUCGCGGAACUGGCGGUGGCACAAGAAGCUCCAAGUUUGGCUUACCAAGGACGAGCACAUGACGCCCCAAAUUCUGAGUCAAAGCCACGAGCGAGGGUACUAUAUCGUGUGGGACACCAACAAUUGGCGGAAAGAUAGGAGAGAGUUCACGUUGCAUUACGUCGAGCUGGAUACGUCGUUGGGACAAGGAGCGUAG